GAAGAAGAGCAGAAGCCGGUGGAACCACCCGUCAAAGUGGAGGAACCUCCUGCAAAAUCACCCGACGUGAUUACUGAGAAGAAGGUGGUGAAAAUAACAUCAGAGAUAUCACAGAUGGAGCGAAUGCAGAAGAGAGCUGAACGCUUCAACGUGCCCGUGAGCCUGGAGAGCAAGAAGGCAGCACGGGCAGCUCGGUUUGGUUUGGCCACUGUUUCCACUAAAGGCCUCUCUGCAGACAGCAAACCCACGGUAAACAUGGAUAAGUUAAAGGAAAGGGCUCAAAGAUUUGGGUUGAAUGUCUCCUCGCUCUCCAAGAAG